CCCGCCCCAUGGCGGCCGCGCGCGCGAGCACUUCCGGCAGUGCGGGCGCGGGGUCGCGCUGAGCGGGCUUGGAAAUCUGGCUGCGGCGCGAUGACCACGCUCCGGGCCUUCACCUGCGACGACCUCUUCCGCUUCAACAACAUUAACUUGGAUCCACUUACAGAAACUUAUGGGAUUCCUUUUUACUUACAGUACCUUGCCCACUGGCCAGAGUAUUUCAUCGUUGCAGAGGCACCUGGCGGAGAACUAAUGGGUUAUAUUAUGGGCAAAGCAGAAGGCUCAGUAGCUAGGGAAGAGUGGCAUGGACACGUCACAGCUCUGUCUGUCGCCCCUGAAUUCCGCCGUCUUGGUUUGGCUGCUAAACUCAUGGAGUUACUAGAGGAGAUUUCAGAAAGAAAAGGUGGAUUUUUUGUUGAUCUCUUCGUAAGAGUGUCCAAUCAAGUUGCAGUCAACAUGUACAAGCAGCUGGGUUAUAGUGUCUACAGGACAGUCAUCGAGUACUACUCAGCCAGCAACGGGGAGCCUGACGAGGAUGCCUAUGAUAUGAGGAAAGCACUUUCCAGAGACACCGAGAAGAAAUCCAUCAUACCGUUACCUCAUCCUGUGAGGCCUGAGGACAUUGAAUAACCAUAGGCAGUGGUUCUUAGGCAGGCGUUCCAGACAAGUUUGUGGACAUAAUUAUUUUCAUAGGAUGAUCUUGGAGCUCUAUUAGGAGGAAACUGAUCAUUUAGGUCUUAAAGACUUUAUGAAAAUACAGGCUAUAAACUUCAAAUCUCAUCGUUCCAAUGAGCAAUAGCAUACAUGUUCAAACUGUUUGCCAUAGUAAAAUUCAAUCAAGGCAGCUAAGUCAGAAGGACACGUUCCUCUCUCAUGGUUGACAGUAUGCAACAAACAGUACAUGCCAAGGAAAGACUCCCUCCAUCCUCCUAACUCCAGUGCCUGAGAACCACUGCUGCACAUAUAUAAAUAUAUAUAUAUAUUUUAUUUUGUAUUGAACUGUUAAUUGAAGCUUUAAAAGCAUAUAUGAAAUGUAUAAAUCUGAGAUGUAUAGUAAAAUACAUUGUUGACUAUGAA